ACGGCGCGGGGGGUUGUGGGAGCGGCUGUCGUGCUCACCUUGAGGAGAGUUGGAGUAGCGGCGGCGGAGGUAGGGUCUGGGCUGGGCCUCGCGGAUCAGCAUAUACUCAACUCCUUAGCUUAUUGAAGUAAUGGGGGCAUCUACGUCAACGCUACCAACUAAUGUGCAAGCAGAUUCUGUUACUGUUGCACCACAGGCAUCACCACCUUCACAAUGCCCUAUGCAUCAAGCCAAGGAGGAAGGUUGUCCCAUGCAUCAGGCAACAGCUGCCUCAACAGAGAAUACAUCUUAUCCUGUGCCUGCACAUCAGGAGAGGGCGUAUGAAUAUGUGGAGUGUCCUAUGAAAGGAGGUAACAGGGCACAAACAGAGGAUGAUAUUGAUCCCAGUAAUAUGAUGCCACCACUCAACCAGACGCCAUCACCAGAUCAGCCAUACCCACUUUCUGUUGUCAGAGAAGAAUCUUCUAUUCCUCGGACUCACUCAGAUAAGCAUUGGGUAUACCCUUCAGAACAGAUGUUUUGGAAUGCAAUGAUCAGAAAAGGGUGGCGCUGGCAGAAUGAAGACAUUUCAGCUGAUGAUAUGUCCAACAUUAUUAAGAUCCAUAAUCAGAACAAUGAACAAGCCUGGAAAGAAAUACUGAAGUGGGAAGCACUCCAUGCCAAAGAAUGCCCCUGUGGGCCUUCACUACUCCGCUUUGGGGGAAAAGCUAAGGAAUAUUCACCAAGAGCUCGGAUUCGUUCUUUAAUGGGGUAUGAACUACCUUUUGAUCGACAUGACUGGAUUGUAAACCGCUGUGGAAGGGAAGUACGAUAUGUGAUUGAUUAUUAUGAUGGAGGUGAAGUUGACAAAUCAACAUAUCAGUUCACUGCUCUCGAUGUGCGUCCAGCUCUGGAUUCCUUUUCUGCAGUAUGGGACAGAAUGAAAGUGGCAUGGUGGCGUUGGACAUCAUAACAUCUAUUUAGAUUGUAGCAGUUACUGCAAAUGAACUUAUGGAUGUCAUAAUCUUAAAUGUUUUAAAAUUAAAUUGAAUUAUCUGCACAUUACAAAUGAGCAAGCUGCAAUUUGUACCUACCAUUAUCCAGAUACCACAUGCUUAAAAGCUUCUAACACACCAACUUUCAUCAUUUCUGUGUAUGGUUUAUAAUGGAACAAGAUUUGCCAAAAGGUCUGUCUUACUUAUGUCUUGUUGUAUUCUUCUUAUGUUUAGCUCUUGCAUCUGUGGAUUGGGAAUAAUCAAUCAAAAUUAAUUUGAGUAUAUCCUUCAGGGAAUUACUUUUGUGAAGCCUAAUACGUCUGUAUAUUCCAAUGUAUUAAUUGAAGUGUUAAAUUUGAAUAUAUGUUUGAGUAGCUUGAUGGAAUCUUGGGUGAUUGUGACCAUUAGAUUUUUCUUUCUUUUUGAGUAGUGCUUAAAAACUAUGAUGCAGUACUUGAGUCCAGUGUGUUCGUUCUUUCAAGUUGAGAAGCAGCACAUCAGAAUGAGGGUGGGGAUGGACUAAUUAUAUUAAUUCUCCUAAUGUACCAGAGAGCUAAAUAAUUUCUGAAAAAUGGUACAACAGCAAACUCUUGCAUUAGCUUUCCACUAAAUUGGGAAGUACUUAAAGUUUCAAAAAGUCCUUUUGCUAAUUUUUUUAAUGUAUUAUUUUUGGUGUUCAGUACUUUCUUAAUGACAGGCAAAUAACUUGACAGUCUCUGAAAUGGAUUUCCCAUUACCUGAUUACAGUAGAUAUUGUAGUGAGUAUCUCGUGUGAAAUAGAAUUGUAGUCAAAACCAUAAGAUGAAAUUCUAAUUUUCACAUUCCUUACCAGAUAAACAUCCUAUAGUAGUAAAAUGGUGUUGUUGAAACUAUGCUGAAAUUUUGACUUUUUAACUAUUGUCCAAACUUAUUUUCAGGGAAGAGUCGUGCUAUAAUAAUAUUGGCAUAUCUUUGCUAACAUUUGGAUUAGGUGCCAAAUAAACUUGUAC